GCCUGGGAUAUUCCAUAUUCCGUGGUGCCAAUUCCCAGAAAAACACCUUCCGACGGAAUCCCGCUGACCCCAGAGUGACUGGGCUCCGGACAAUCCCUACGGCAACCGGUCGCCGCCUCCUGGUCUCUGGCUGGUGGGGUUUUGUGCGACACCCCAACUAUUUAGGAGACCUGAUCAUGGCUUUUGCGUGGUCUUUGCCCUGCGGAUUCACUCACAUCUUGCCCUAUUUUUAUAUUAUCUAUUUCACCUUGCUGCUGGCUCAUCGGGAUGCCCGGGACGAGCACCAGUGCCUGAGGAAGUACGGGCUAGCGUGGCACGAAUAUUGCCGGCGUGUCCCUUACCGGAUUUUCCCGUAUCUCUACUGAAUUCUUAAGUCUCCAUUUCCAAACGGUCUCUUGUUUGGAAGUUGUCAGAAUUGUCUC